CAAACGACGAGAGAGCGAAAGGGGUGGGCAGGGGAUUGCAUGACAUGCCAAUAAGUUACAGUGACUUCAGUGGAGAGUACUAGUGAUGAGAUGAGGAUCCGACCACACAACUUUCCUUCUGACAGCCGCAUCCUCUGGUUCUCCGGCCAGUAGUUCUGGAGUAAAUCUCAACAGGAAGCAACAGGAGGUAGUUGAGACUGUGAUGCUGCAGCAGCAAUGUCACAGCUGUAUUACCAAACACAUGACAACUCUUCAUACAGGGACCGCAUCCCCCUGCGGAUUGUACGGGCAGAGUCUGAGCUCUCUGCCCUAGAGAAGGCCUACCUGGGGGCUGUGGAGAAGGGGGAUUAUGCCAGUGUGAAACAAGCCCUGGAAGAGGCCGAGAUCUACUUCAGGAUCAACAUCAACUGUAUCGAUCCCCUGGGCCGCACAGCUCUGCUCAUUGCCAUUGAAAAUGAGAACCUGGAGAUCAUUGAGCUGCUGCUCAGCUAUAACGUAUAUGUGGGGGAUGCCCUGUUGCAUGCCAUCCGUAAAGAAGUGGUGGGGGCUGUGGAGCUGCUGCUGAACCAUAAGAAGCCACGUGGGGAAAAAAAGGUCCCACCAAUUCUUCUGGACAAACAGUUUUCAGACUUCACCCCGGACAUCACUCCAAUCAUCCUUGCCGCCCACACCAACAACUAUGAGAUCAUUAAACUGCUUGUUCAGCGAGGUGUUUCCAUACCUCAGCCACAUGCUGUGCGCUGCAACUGUGUAGAGUGUAUCUCCAGUUCGGAUGUGGACAGCCUACGUCACUCACGCUCGCGCCUCAACAUCUACAAGGCCCUUGCCAGCCCGUCUCUCAUCGCCCUCUCCAGCGAGGAUCCUUUCCUUACAGCUUUUCAACUCAGCUGGGAGCUUGGGGAGCUCAGCACAGUGGAGAAUGAGUUCAAGUCAGAGUAUGAGGGGCUGUCCCAUACGUGUAAACAAUUUGCAAAGGACCUCUUGGACCAGACCCGGAGCUCUAAAGAGUUGGAAAUAAUCCUCAACUACCGUGAUGACAUCGACCCCCUGCUGGACGACAGCACAAAUGAUCUGGCCCGACUCAAGCUGGCUAUCAAAUAUUGCCAGAAAGAGUUUGUUGCUCAGCCCAACUGUCAGCAGCUGCUGGCUUCUCGGUGGUAUGAUGAGUUCCCAGGCUGGAGGAGGCGGCACUGGGCAGGAAAACUCAUCACGUGUAUCUUCAUUGGCCUCCUCUUCCCACUGUUAUCCAUCUUCUACUUGUUCUCUCCAAAGUGCAGUUAUGGCUUAUUCAUUCGGAAGCCCUUCAUCAAGUUCAUCUGUCACACUGCUUCCUACCUGACCUUCCUCUUCCUGCUCCUUCUGGCCUCGCAGCAUAUAGCUUCUGGGCAGAAGGACUUUCAAGGCCCACCACCCACCAUGGUGGAAUGGAUGAUCCUACCCUGGGUGCUUGGCUUUAUAUGGAUGGAGAUAAAACAGAUGUGGGAUAGUGGUUUCAAAGACUACAUUGAUGACUGGUGGAACUUAAUGGACUUCAUUAUGAACUCCUUGUAUCUUGCAACAAUUUCCCUGAAAAUGGUUGCCUAUGCAAAGUACAGUGGGCAAAAACCCAGAGACACCUGGGAAAUGUGGCACCCGACUUUGAUAGCAGAGGCAUUGUUUGCCAUCGCUAACAUCUUCAGCUCCUUGCGCCUCAUCUGCCUUUUCACUGCCAACUCUCACCUUGGCCCCUUACAGAUCUCACUGGGCCGCAUGCUCCUGGACAUCCUCAAGUUUCUCUUCAUCUAUUGUCUGGUGCUGUUAGCCUUUGCCAAUGGCCUCAACCAGCUCUACUUUUAUUAUGAAGACGAGAGUUCGGAAUGCUACGGCAUUCGCUGUUCUGUGCAAAACAACGCAUUCUCAACGCUGUUCCAGACGCUGCAGUCAUUAUUUUGGUCGAUAUUUGGCCUAAUUUCCCUCUAUGUUACCAAUGUGAAACCAGACCAUAAAUUCACUGAGUUUGUGGGCUCCACCAUGUUUGGCACGUACAAUGUCAUUUCCCUGGUAGUGCUUUUAAAUAUGCUAAUUGCCAUGAUGAACAACUCCUACCAGCACAUUGCUGAUCAUGCCGAUAUAGAGUGGAAAUUUGCAAGAACAAAAUUAUGGAUGAGCUAUUUUGAAGAAGGGGGAACUCUGCCUUCUCCUUUUAAUAUAUUACCCAGCCCAAAGUCAGUUUUUUAUCUAUGUGGAUGGAUUAAGACACAUUUCUUCAAGAGAACAAGCAUAAAAAGGCGUGAAACAUUCGAAACUCUGGGGAGACGUGCAGCCGAUAAUGUAAGAUUAAACCAUGGAUAUCAGGGGGUUUUGAAGAACCUAGUGAAGCGGUAUGUGGCGGCAAUGAUCAGAGAUGCAAAGACAGAGGAAGGGCUGACAGAGGAGAACUUUAAGGAGCUUAAGCAGGACAUCUCCAGCUUCCGCUAUGAAGUCCUUGGAAUGAUGAAGGGUAAACUUCAAGGUGAGGGGGUCACAGGUAACGUCCUAGGCUCCACCUUGGCUUACCCUGGAAAUUGUUUCAUAUAUUCUCCCAAAUUCCCUAAUGAUGAGCCACAACAGAAGCUGAGCCUGUUUGACAUCACCGUGCCCACCCUGAAGAGCGCAGCGGCCACCCCCUCCAUCACUGUGGGCUCUAACAGUACAGCCAAUGGUUCGGUUGUCCUGUCCAGCACAGAGCAGACUCUCAACAAGCUAUGCAAUACUGUCUCAGAUGCUGUGUCCCCCCAGAGACGCAGCAGACUCCCCUCUCUGACAUGUGAUGAAAUAUACUCAUUGUCAGGGGAAGAUAUAUUGGGAACUGAUGGACAAAACCAAGGAUGACUUCAGACUGAUAAAUCCGUUCUGGAAUUCUUACAGAAAGUGGAUAAGGACAUUCAGGAGAUUGAUCAUUCCUGCAAAGAACACACUAAGGAAGUAAACAAUGGGCUAAAGAAAAUA